GGGACCGAGAUCCCGAUGCAGAUCCGCGAGGGCCCGCGGCGGCAGGCGCAGUCGGCCGCGGGGGCGAUGCGGUCGCCGAUGUCCGCGAUGAUGCUCGCCAUGUUCGCCACCAUGGCUUCCUUCUACGUCGCCGGCCGAUUGUGGCAGGACGCCCAGAAUCGGGUUUACCUGAUAAAAGAGCUUGACAGGCGAACAGGCCAGGGGCGAUCAGCAAUAUCAGUGGACGAUACUUUGAAGGUUGUUGCUUGCAGGCAGCAAGGCAAGCGGUUGGCAUCAUUAGAGAUGGAGCUGGCUGCAGCAAAGCAUGAUGGAUUUGUUGGAAAAUAUACAUCUGAGACAAAUGGCACUCAUUCUAAGAAGAAGCCUCUGAUUGUUAUUGGAAUAAUGACAAGUUUUGGUAGAAAAAACUACCGUGAUGCUGUCAGGAAAUCAUGGCUUCCGACAGGCUCGAUGCUGAAGAAACUAGAAGAUGAGAAAGGCAUUAUAGUACGUUUCAUAGUUGGAAGAAGUGCAAAUCGAGGAGAUAGUUUUGACAGGGAAAUUGAUGAUGAGAAUAGAAGUACAAAUGAUUUUCUGAUCUUGGAUGAUCAUAUAGAAUCUGAUGAAGAGCUUCCUAAGAAGACAAAAAGUUACUUUGCUAAUGCUGCAGAGACAUUUGAUGCUGAAUUUUAUGCUAAGGUCAAUGAUGAUAUAUACAUAAAUGUUGACACUUUGAGUGCAAUGCUUGAAACUCACUGGGACAAACCUCGUGUCUACAUAGGCUGUAUGAAAUCUGGAGAGGUCUUUUCUGAAGCGACCCAUAAAUGGUAUGAACCAGACUGGUGGAAAUUCGGUGACGGGAAAUCAUACUUUCGCCAUGCUUCUGGUGAAAUGUUUGUCAUAUCAAGGGCCGUAGCUCAGUUCAUUUCUAUAAACAGGUCUGUUCUCCGGACAUAUGCGCACGAUGAUGUUAGUGUAGGAUCAUGGAUGAUUGGGCUAGCUGUAAAGCAUGUAAAUGAAGCAAAGCUAUGCUGUUCAUCAUGGCCCUCAGGAGCAAUGUGUUCAGCUCUUUGAUAAGCAGUGCUUCCCAGAGGAAGAGUUUUGUGAAGAGCGUGUUAGGCUCAAGAUUACACUGAAUGAUGAUACAACAAAACUAUAGAGAAUUGAGAUGAAAUCGGCACUGUAUAGAUUUUGUUUUCUUUUGCCAAUUCUUUGGUGUGGCAUUCUUGAGUCAGCAGUGUCAGUUGGUAGCAAAUGUGAUACAGUAGUAUCUUUAUUGCGAAGGAGAAGUGUUGUACUACCUUUUUCUGUCGCGAGAGCACACUGCGUCUCAUGAGUUCUAACUAAAAUCCAUAUGCAGAUUGUACUCUGGUUUGCUUGUCGUUGGUAGAUCGAUCUCCACCCUUAGCAUUCCUUGCUGACAGACAUUAUGAUGUUGGAGAGACAGAAAUCAAUAGCAAUUCAGGAAAGUAUUAUGGUCCA